UAUUGCGAAACCACAGUAAUAUAACUUGAAGUAACAAUAGUUUUGAAAUCCCAUCUAUUCAAUCUGAAGUAAAUAUAAACUGGACUCGAAUAAUGUUCUGGGCAAUCUCUGCUUUCGAAGCUAGAAUCAAAGAUGAAUUGGAAAUUGUUGUUCGUUGUUUGUUUGAUGAUGAUGAUCAUCAACUCAGAUGCGUGGAGAAGACGACGAAGACGACGAAGACGAAGGAGUUCUCGUCGUCGGUGGAGGGUGGUUGUGAAGUGGGCUGGCCAUGCGUAUCGUGUGGUUAAAUGUGCGACGGGCGACAUGUCCAACCUACAAACUUUACGUCAACUCAAAGACGAGGACACGGAUUCUUACAACAAGGCAUUGAAGGAAAUGAAAAGUGAUCUGACCAACAAAGUUGGAUCCGACGAAGCUGAAAAAAUGUUGACACAAAUGGACCAAUUCCUUUCUGACAAAACCAUCGAUUUGGAUCAAGCAUUCGACCAUGACGAAACCGACGAAAUCGAAGAAUCGAAAACAGAGGAGGAAAUGCUGGGAGCAAGUGACAACAAAUAAAUUGUAAAGUGAAAUAUUUUUACUGAUACCGUUGGAAUGGCUUCUUGUUUUAAAAUAAAAAAAUGUGCGCACAAAAACG